GGGCGGCGGGAGGCGCUGCGCCUGCGUUGCUGUGGCAUGCUGGAAGUUGGAGUCCUGAUUCCACCGUGCCGCCGCUCUCUGACCCGUGAUCCCGGCGUCCAGGAGACUACAGUACUCAGCGGGCACUGCGCUGCUCCGCGCAGGCGCAUUCACUGGGCGGGCUCAGUGCAGCCGCCAAGGAUGCAGGAGGAUCGGCGGCUUCUCGGGGCCGGUGGGCAGGUUGCACGGUGGAGGGAAGAGAGGGUGGUUGGAGAUGGGAUUUCAGUUACAUUUGGAGAGCUUUGAACAACGAAGAGAAUCCAGAGGUUGCCAUUGAGGUGUGACGUGUUGUGGAGCCCGCAAAUGUCAACAACUGCCCAGCCACUGGCCUCCAUUGGGACAGUUGUCGCUUCAUCACCGGAGGUUAUGAGCCCCAACAGGCCUGGACGCGUGACUAACCAGCUCCAGUACAUGCUGAAAGGGGUGGUGAAAACACUGUGGAAACACCAGUUUGCCUGGCCUUUCCAUGUCCCAGUUGAUGCUAAGAAACUUAACCUGCCAGAUUAUCAUAAAAUUAUCAAGCAGCCCAUGGACAUGGGGACAAUAAAGAAACGAUUAGAGAACAACUAUUACUGGAGCGCGAAUGAGUGCAUGCAGGAUUUCAACACCAUGUUCACCAACUGCUACAUCUACAACAAGCCCGGCGAUGACAUUGUGUUGAUGGCGCAGACCCUGGAGAAGAUCUUCCUUCAGAAAGUUGCGCAGAUGCCCCAGGAAGAAGUGGAACUGAUGGCCCCACUGCCAAGGGAUAAAUGUCGAAAGCAGCCAGGAAUGCAGCAGGUGGCAGCAGUGUCUUCAGCCAGUGAGCCAACAGCCUUCCCAGAAGCUCCUCCCACAACUUCUCCAACUCCUAUUAUCAUCUCCACUGCAGUGCCACCUGCUAUGCUCACCCAGGUUACGGCAGCCUCUGCUCAGUAUUCCAGCCCAGUGAUGCCAGUAAUUUCUUCACCGACGCAGCUGAUUACCAAGAAAAAAGGUGUAAAGCGGAAAGCAGACACUACGACUCCCAGCACUUGUGCCAUCACUGCAAGCGGCAGUGAUUCCCCUCCUCCUGCCUCAGCAGAACCCAAACCCUCAAAGCUAGCGUUGCGGCGAGAGAGCGGGCGCCCCAUCAAACCACCCAGGAAGGACCUGGAGGAGGUGGAGCUCCAGCAUCCCCUGGGGAAGAAGGGGAAACUGACAGAGCACCUGAGGCACUGUGACAACAUCCUGAGGGAAAUGCUGUCCAAGAAACAUGCAGCCUAUGCAUGGCCUUUCUACAAACCAGUGGACGCCGAGGCCCUGGAACUGCACGAUUAUCACGAAAUCAUUAAGCACCCGAUGGACCUCAGCAGUGUGAAAAAAAAGAUGGACAGUCGGGAUUAUCUGGACGCCCAGGGAUUUGCUGCAGAUAUCCGAUUAAUGUUCUCCAACUGUUACAAGUACAACCCUCCGGAUCACGAGGUGGUGGCAAUGGCCAGGAAACUACAGGACGUAUUUGAAAUGCGGUUUGCGAAGAUGCCGGACGAGCCUCUUGACACCUCUCUGCCCCCUACCCUACAACCUCCAAACAUCACUAAGCCCAAAGUGUCAUCGAGUGACAGCAGUCGUGAAUCCUCGUCCAAUUCCAACAGCUCAGAUUCCGAAGAGGAGCGGGCAAAUCGACUGGCUGAACUGCAGGAGCAGCUGAAAGCUGUUCAUGAGCAGCUGGCAGCUCUGUCCCAGGCUCCUGUCAGCAAACCAAAGAAGAAGAAAGAGAAAGAGAAAAAGGAGAAAAAAAAGAAGGACAAACACAAAGUGAAAGUGGAGGAGGAGAAGAAGGGCAAGUCCUCUCAGACGAACAAACAAGCGCAGUCCAAGAAACACAGCAGUAAGAAGCCAGGCAGUGCAAGUUCACUGACCAGACCCCUGAAGAAAGCUGUGAAGCAGGCUGCUUUAGUUUAUGACUCUGAAGAGGAAGAGGCAGCUCAGCCAAUGUCAUAUGAUGAGAAGCGUCAGCUGAGCCUUGACAUCAACAAGCUGCCAGGUGAAAAACUGGGUCGGGUGGUGCACAUCAUUCAAUCAAGGGAGCCCUCUCUCAGGGACUCGAACCCGGAUGAGAUUGAAAUAGACUUUGAAACGCUGAAGCCCACAACUCUACGAGAGCUGGAACGAUACGUCAAAUCUUGUUUACAGAAAAAGCAAAGAAAAUCACAUAACGCUUCCCCCGACAUGUUCAGUGGUAGAGAUGGUGAAGAUCAGCAGCCCCAACACCGGUCCCUGUGGGAUUCCAGUAGUAACCGGCCCCCAAUACCAGCUCAGUUAGUAGAACUUUUGCAUGAAUCAGAAGGUCCUGGGUUCAUGCCCCAUUCCAGAGACUUGAGUGCAAAAUCCAGGUUGAUGUUCGUUGAAGUGCAGAGGCAGUGCCGCCCUGUGGGAGGCUGCAUCAUCAAAGAAAAGUGUAGGGAAAACAAAGGAGGAGCUUGUUCUGGAGAAGAAGAAAGAGCUGGAGAAACGUUUGCAGGACAUGAGCGGACAACUAAAUCACAGCAAGAAACCCAACAAGAAAGGCGGGAAGUCAGACCCCGGACAGGAAGGCGGUCCUUCUCGGCUCAGCGGCAGCAGCAGUUCGUCCUCUGACUCGGGGAGUACCAGCUCCAGUGGCUCCAGCUCCUCAGACACCAGUGAAUCCGAAUAGACGCCUUUCAAUCUGGGCUCUCAAUGUACAAUUCAGGCACAGGGUUCAUCCAGCUCCCAGCCCACACAACUUGAACCUUCCCUCACCGGAUUGAAAGGCUGGUGCUGUUCUUUUACGAAUCAAUCUGAUGAUAAAGACCCUGACAAGCACAUUCCAUUGAUGAUCAUUCACCCAGCACACAGGCGUAUGAGUGUGUGUGACUGAGGGAGCGUGUGCGAGUGGCUGGGAGUAAGAGUAUGUGACUUAGUGCGUGUACAUGUGUGUAUACCUAAUUUAUUGAUAACCUGGACAAAUAAAUCAGUUCGGGACCAAUGGGGAAGGUGCCAUGCAGGA